CUAUCUUCUUAUCCGCUCGUGCUACUGAAACCUAUAUGAACGUUACAACAUAGCACAGGGAGAUAGAGAGGUUGAACUCGUUGGAACAGUUGGACAUGGCGGGAGUACUCGGAGCCUCUCCUGCAGCUAUACUUGCUCAUAAAAUAACCUGUACUCCGUCCCCCAAAGCUCCGAUUUUCUCUCUCUCUUCAACCUCAGUCCAGGUUCACGGAAAGAAGCUUUUUGGGGGUUUCGAAAUUCCGCUUAAGAAGGGAAGAUCUCAUCUUCAGCUUACUGUUACUAAUGUAGCUACAGAAGCCGGCCCUACAGAGCAGGCCCGGAAAAUUGCUUCUAGGGAAAGCCAGAGGCCGGUGUAUCCUUUCGCCGCUAUUGUAGGACAGGAAGAGAUGAAGUUGUGUCUUCUGCUAAAUGUGAUAGAUCCCAAGAUUGGGGGUGUCAUGAUCAUGGGUGAUCGAGGUACUGGGAAAUCUACCACUGUCAGGUCUCUGGUGGAUUUACUUCCAGAAAUCGAGGUUGUCAAAGGAGACCCAUUUAACUCUGAUCCGGAAGAUCCAGAAUCCAUGGGCAUUGAAGUCCGAGAGAAAGUUUUAGCUGGGGAAAAUUUCCCAGUCACAAAGACCAAAAUCACUAUGGUGGAUUUGCCUCUUGGUGCAACUGAGGAUAGAGUUUGUGGAACAAUUGAUAUUGAGAAGGCCCUAACUGAAGGUGUGAAGGCAUUUGAACCUGGUCUUCUAGCUAAAGCAAAUCGAGGAAUUCUUUAUGUGGAUGAAGUUAACCUACUGGAUGACCAUUUGGUGGAUGUACUUCUUGAUUCUGCUGCCUCUGGAUGGAACACGGUUGAGCGAGAGGGAAUAUCAAUUUCACAUCCUGCUCGUUUUAUUCUAAUAGGUUCUGGAAACCCUGAAGAAGGUGAGCUUAGGCCACAACUUCUCGAUCGUUUUGGAAUGCAUGCACAGGUGGGGACAGUGAGGGAUGCCGAACUCAGAGUCAAGAUCGUGGAGGAGAGAGCUCGGUUUGAUCGAAAUCCUAAAGAGUUCCGUGAUUCCUACACGAUAGAACAGGAGAAGCUCCAGCAACAGAUUUCAUCAGCAAGGAGCUCUCUUUUCUCUGUUCAGAUUGACCGUGAUCUGAAGGUAAAGAUCUCUAAGGUCUGCGCUGAACUGAAUGUUGACGGAUUAAGAGGAGAUAUUGUGACCAAUAGGGCUGCUAAAGCUCUGGCUGCUCUGAAAGGAAGAGACAAAGUAUCGGCUGAUGAUAUAGCUACUGUCAUUCCCAACUGCUUAAGACACCGGCUUCGAAAGGAUCCAUUGGAGUCAAUUGAUUCUGGUUUGCUUGUCAUAGAGAAAUUCUAUGAGGUUUUUAGCUGAGGGAGAUACUUAGGUCAACCUUGCAUUGUAAUUUCUGUUGGAUAUACUAUUGCUUUCCUUCUUGUCCCUCUUUUCUUGUUCCCCUGCCCUCCAAAUCUCUUGUGAUCUCUAGGUUCAGAAGUACAGAUGUUCGGUUUACAUUAGCAUUUAUUUGAGGUAUAUGUAGACUUUGGGUCCAUGACAUCGAGGAAAGAUGCAGUUAAGUUUGCA